UGAAUACAUUGCUAUAUAUUAUCAAAUGUCUCGUGUAACUUAGCAUAAAAGCUCUACUUUUUAAAUAGUCAUUCUCACUCGAUUAACAGCCUGCGAUACCUGACUGUACCAAUGGACUGCUCUGGUUGGUGAGAACUACAUUCAUAGACGAGAAAUUGUGCAACGUGGGAAGCUUUCACUACGCCGCGAUGGAUUUAACCUCUUCUUCAACCUCUUCAUAGCAAAGUUCAAGCAAAGCGAUCAUUAGCACGGAUUCUGUGUUUGUGGACUGCGUGCAAACGGUGGACAGCACAGUUAAAUCAUCUCUCGGCAGAAAAUUGAGCAAGUUGAGCUCGUGGAGUGGUAUAUCCGGAGCACGAAGUACCAUCGAGGUUGCCUCUCCUGUCGUGCAGAAUGCUAUCGUGCAAAAUGGGACCACCGAACCCACCGCCGGGGAUACAUCACUGAGCACUCACAAGUACAGCUUAUGGAAAACUAUACAACAAAUUAGAACAAAGAAAAUCAUAACUGGACGUGAUUACAGCAUUCUGGGUGUUUGGGGUCAUGUCGUCGUUUUACUAUUGAAUUUCAUUGUAUAUGGGUCCCUGUGCGCAGUAGCCUAUGAGUACACUACAUUGAUGUCUCCCGUGUCUCCCGUGUCUGAGAAAACAGUUGCGAUAAUAACUAUUCUUAUCGGCUGCUGCUACACGAUAAUCCAAGUAUUCCUUACCGUGGGAUACUGGCUUUGGCAUCAUACAAAUCCACUGAUGAUGACACGAGGAAGGCUGUAUAUGACAAUUAUACUGAUUACUACUUCAACUGCUGUGAUUCUGCAGACCUUGUUGACAAUGACUGAGCUUGGGAUUCCCAUAGUACCCCAUUGGUUGUAUGUACUAAUGGAAGCUGUUAAGCACUUCAGCUGGCUAGUUUUUUUGGGUGCGCAAGUUGCUCGUCAGCGGUUGCUCUACAGAAUAUUCGUGGCGAGUGCAUUCAGAAUUGAAGAUACGAAUAUGACUGGAUCCUUUGCCGUGGUAAUUUUGUGGGCCAUUUAUGGAGCCGGAAGUAUUGCUGCGAUAGCAGUUCUACUCGUCAGCGGUUGCUCUACAGAA